UUCGGUUUUUUUUUCUUUUUUUUUUUUUUUUUUUUUUUGCGACCUCCCACUUUGUAUUUUCGGGCAGCUUUUUUCCUUACUACUAGAAGAAUUCCUUUUUUUCUUUUCCAAGGCAAACACGAAAUUCCAACCAAGAACAAAACCCAAUUUCGUCUCUAUUAUCACUCCGGACUUGACUUAUUUUACGAUAAACUAUUUCGUCUUCGCAAGACACUGUUCUAUUCGUAAUAGAUAAUCCGGCACGAGGUAACGCCUUGCGACGUUUCCCGAUCACCCCGCAGUCCCAAUAUCGACCUUUUUUUAUUUAUUUACACUCUUUGAACCCCAGCAAAUAUGAGCGUAGUUGGCGUCGAUUUCGGAACUCUGAACACUGUCAUUGCAGUCGCCAGAAAUCGAGGUGUCGAUGUUAUCACCAAUGAGGUUUCAAACCGAGCUACCCCUUCCCUAGUAGGGUUUGGGCCUAAGUCACGAUACCUUGGUGAGGCCGCAAAGACGCAAGAGAUCUCCAAUCUUAAGAACACUGUCAGCUCCCUAAAGCGCUUGGCCGGCCGAAGCAUCAACGACCCUGAUGUUCAGAUAGAGCAGCAGUUCGUCUCUUCCCUUCUCGUCGAUGUCGGCGGCCAGGUUGGCGCCGAGGUGUCAUACUUGGGCAAGAAGGAGAGGUUCUCGGCCACUCAGUUGACGGCCAUGUUCCUGAGCAAGAUCAAGCAGACCGCCCAGAAUGAACUGAAAUUGCCUGUUGCCGAUAUUGUCAUAAGUGUGCCUGCGUGGUUCACCGAUGGCCAACGGAGAAGUCUUCUUGAUGCUGCUGACAUUGCCGGCCUGAAGCCCCUACGUGUUAUGAACGAUACCACUGCCGCCGCUCUCGGCUACGGUAUUACCAAGCUCGAUCUACCUGGACCUGAGGAGAAGCCUCGCCGAGUAGCGUUCAUCGAUAUCGGUCAUGCUGACUAUGCUUGCUCGAUUGUGGAGUUCAAGAAGGGCGAACUCAGUGUCAAGGCUACGGCAUAUGACCGCCACUUUGGCGGCCGCGACUUUAACCUUGCCUUAGUGAACCACUUCCAAAAGGAGUUCAAGGGUAAAUACAAGAUCGACAUCAACGAAAACCCCAAGGCCAUGGUUCGCGUUGAGGCUGCCGCCGAGAAGCUGAAGAAGAUUCUGUCUGCCAACCAACAAGCACCCAUGAACAUCGAGUCGCUGAUGAACGAUAUCGACGUGACUGCCAUGAUUACGCGACAGGAAUUCGAGGCGCUUGUAGAACCCCUGUUGGCCAGAGCUACUAUACCAUUAGAACAAGCUCUCGCCGAGGCCAAGCUUGACAAGGACGACAUUGACGUAAUCGAAUUAGUCGGUGGCUGCACACGUGUCCCUUCUCUCAAGGAGCGAAUCCAGUCCUUCUUCAGCAAGCAGCUAUCAUUCACCCUCAACCAGGACGAGGCCGUCGCCCGGGGAUGUGCUUUUAGUUGCGCCAUCCUCUCGCCUGCCUUCAAGGUUCGCGACUUCGCUGUCCAAGACAUCGUCAACUACCCUAUUGAAUUCUCCUGGGAGAAGGACGUUGACAUUCCAGAUGAGGACACGAGUCUUACUGUAUUCAACAGGGGCAAUGUUCUCCCAUCAACGAAAAUCCUUACUUUCUACCGAAAGCAGCCAUUUGACCUCGAGGCGAGAUACGCUAAGCCCGAAGACUUGCCGGGUAAAAUGUCGCCUUUCAUUGGCCGAUUCUCUGUCAAGGGCGUCAAGGCCGACCCCAAGACUGAAUUCAUGAUCUGCAAGCUUAAGGCCCGAGUUAAUAUCCACGGUGUCCUGAAUGUGGAGAGCGGAUACUAUGUGGAGGACCAGGAAGUCGAGGAAGAGGUUAAGGAUGAUGGAGACAAGAAAGACGCUGAUGCCAUGGACACCGACGAUGGAAAAGGUGAUAAACCCAAGACCCGAAAGGUCAAGAAGCAAGUUCGCAAGGGCGAUUUGCCUAUCGUCUCUGGGACAACAUCCUUGGAUGAGAGCUCCAAGAAUUCCCUUACUGAGAAGGAAGCGGCAAUGCUUAUGGAGGACAAGCUUGUUGCCGACACGGAAGAGAAGAAGAAUGAGCUAGAGACGUAUAUCUACGACAUGCGAAACAAACUAGACGAGCAGUACGCCGACUUUGCCAGUGACGAAGAGAAGGAUAAGCUGAGGUCAAAGUUAACAGACAGCGAGGACUGGUUAUACGAGGACGGUGAAGAUGCCACUAAGGCAGUCUACGUUGCUAAGAUGGAUGAGAUCCGGGCUAUGGCUGGCCCCAUCGCGCAACGUUACUUCGACAAGGUAGAAGCAGACCGUCAAGCCCUUCAAGCUAAGCUUGACGCCGAAGCUGCUGCUAAGAAGGCGGCCGCGGAGGAAGCUCGAAAGUCAACUGAGACUGAGAAGCCUGACGCCAACAAGGACGAAGAAAUGACGGACGCGGAGGGAACAAAACCCGAAGUGGAGGAGCCUCAAUCGUAG